GUCAGAGUUGGAGCUGAGCCUUUUUGCGUCGUGGGAACGAACAGACAGCUGGAUGAUCUGAAGCGAUUCUGCUGUAAUCCGGUGGAGUAUUGGCCUUUAACUGUGGACCCAACGUUUGAUUUUGGUCCAUACAAUGUCACACCGCUCUCAUACCAGCAUCUCAUAGUUCUUCGCAGGGAAGAUGGUAAACACCCAACAAUGAUUGGCCCAGUGCUUCUACACGAAAAGAAGACACAAUCCACGUAUUCGCUCUUUAGUGGGACCCUGAAGUCUCUUGAAACUGAAGAAUCUAAUGGCUUUCGGGACAGAUGACGAAAAGGUGUUGGGUUUUAACGAAACCUACGAAAGAGCUACUCGUCUGCUUUGCGAAAUCCACCUUCACAAAAAUAUAGACACAAACUUUGUGUCUAUGGACAUUAAAGGAGAGAGUAAGCAGAGUAUAAUGGAUAAUAUUUUUGGAAGAAAGAUUGGCAGCAUUUUUGAGAGUGGACUGUCAGAAGCA